GGUGGAGGAGCUGUGUCCUGACCUGCCGGACCUGGAGCGGCUCAUGGGUGACAUCGGCGGCCUGGCGGACUCGGGGGCGCGCUACACGGAGAUGCCACACGUCAUCGAGGUGACGCUGCCCAUGCUGUGCCACUACCUGCCCCGCUGGUGGGAGCGCGGCCCCGACGCCGCCCCCCAGGGCCCCUGGGCCACCGACGUCACCGGCCACCACCUCAACGCCCUGCUGGGCCACAUCCUGCGCAUCGUGGUCAACAACCUGGGCAUCGACGAGGCCUCCUGGAUGAAGAGGCUGGCGG